UAAUCUAAAGAUGUCAUUCAAGAGAGAAGGAGAUGAUGUUUCACAGUUGAACCUUCUGAAGAAACGGAGAGUGGCUGAACUACUAGCUAAGGAUAUCCCAGAUGAUGAAGCAAUGCUUAUGAGCAAUGGAAGGUAUGCGUGUACGGUUUGCCAUUAUAAGCCAGUAUUCGACACGGUUGAUAUGCUGACAGUUCACCGAGCUGGAAAGAAACAUCAACAUGCUACUGAAAAUCAUUUUGCAAAGAAGAGAGAGCUUGCUUUGCUGGUAAGAAAGAGAAGACAAGAAGAAGAAAUCAAGAGAGAGAGUCAGAAAGGAAAGAAUCAGGAAACUGAGCCAUCCCCCCUAUUGCUGAAAGUGGAAGCGGCCAAAAGACGCACGCUGCUGAAGGAAGCUCCGUACAAUCCUUGUCAUACACACAAAAAUGAAGGACCUUUCAAAAAGUCAAAGAACAAGCUAUUCUUCCAGUCCAUCCGGCAGAUCAGUUCUACCAAUCAGAUGACAGGGAAUUCAAAUCUAGCCAAUCAGGACCAAGAUCUUUCGCAUUCUUCAAAUGAACAUAGUAAAACUCCUAUCGCUACUCAACAGACUCCUCAACCAGGUUUUUCUAAUGAUCACCCUCAUGGUGCUAUUGCCGGCCCUACUACUGCUCCUCGAAAAGAAGGUUUCAAGCCUGGUUUAAAGUCUAGCUUACAGGCUCGAGCUCCAGGAGUUUCUAGCUUUCAAAUCAGACCAUACAUUUCAAAAGCAAAGAGGAAUGCAAUGAAUGAUAAAGCAAACCCUUCAAAACAACCAGAUCCUAAACCUGAUUUAGGAAAGCCAUCGACAACCUCAUUCCCAAGUUCCUACAACGAAUCAUUCCUUUCCGUUCAAGAUCAAUUGUAUGGAGGUGAGGUUGAGAACUCGGUUGAAUUCAUCAGGGAAUUCCAAAGUACACAGAACUCAGAAGUUGAUGACUAUGCUAGCAUUACCAAGCUUAGACAGGCCAAAGAUGAGAGGAUCACUAAAGGAACUUCAGGCAGCUUCUUCCAGAGGGAAUCGCCAUGUGGCAACAUGCAUCAGGAUUCCAGGUUAGAUGUAGAUUGUGGAGAGAAGGGUUCCCGGCAGCAUGGACAAGGUCCUGCACCGAAGCCUGAGUUUGUGAGAGGUUUCCAGGGGUGUAGCCAAGGGACUUCCAUUGAGCCUCAGGAUGUGAGGGGUUUCCAGGAGUGUUGCCAAGGGACACUCCAACAUCCUCAGGGUGUGAGGGGUAUUCAGAGGUGUGGCCAAGGGACUUCCCUGGAGCCUCAGGGUUUGAAGGAUCUCCAGGACAGCAGAAGAGGGGCCAGAGUAGAGGAAGAAAGGACUAAACAAAGAGCGCUAAAGACAAAGCAGAAGAGCAAAUCAAAGAUGACAAAUGAGAAGAAGAAAGAACUCCAGAAAUACUUAGAGCUUACCAGUUCUGGCUGGGUCCAAGACAACGGAGGUAACUGGGUCAAAGGUCAGGAUGUGGAAUUUGAUUCGGAUGAAGAGCCACCAACAUCUUAGUCCAUGUGCUCUUGGACAUUUCACUUGAACAGAAAAUGAGGCUCCUACUUGCUCAACACUUCUUCAAUAGACAAAACAACAGCUCCGAGCAACCCUCUGAUUGAAAGGCGCUUAAGG